UGUGAUUUUUUUUCCUUUUUAUCUACACCCUCUGCAGGCAGCCAAGGCCAGUUUCCACUCACACAGAAUGUUACAGUUAUCGAGGGUGAAACAGCAACUUUGACCUGUAGGGUUGAUCAAAAUGAUAACACUUCCCUCCAGUGGUCAAAUCCAGCUCAACAGACUCUGUACUUCGAUGACAAGAAAGCUCUGAGGGACAAUAGAAUUGAGCUGCUCCGAGCCACGUGGCAUGAACUGACCAUCAGAGUCACUGAUGUGUCACUGUCAGAUGAAGGGCAAUACACCUGCUCUUUAUUUACUAUGCCUGUCAAGACUUCCAAGGCUUUCCUCACUGUUCUGGGUGUUCCAGAGACUCCUCAAAUUAGUGGAUUUAUUUCACCGGUUAUGGAAGGUGACAGGAUGGAACUCACAUGCAAAACAUCUGGUAGUAAGCCAGCUGCAGAUAUCAGAUGGUACAAGAAUGAAAAAGAGGUGAAAGAUGUUAAAUAUUUAAAAGAAGAGGAUGCAAAUCGGAAAACAUUUACUGUCAGCAGCACAAUGAAUUUAAAAGCAGAUCGCAGUGAUGAUGGUGCAACCAUAAGUUGCAGAGUAGAUCAUGAGUCCUUGAACUCCAAACCUCAGAUAGCAAAGCAAGUUCUAGAAAUACACUAUAUUCCAUCAGUUAAAAUAAUACCUUCUACAUUGUGGCCAGAAGAAGGACAAUCUAUAACUUUGAUUUGUGAAUCCAAAGGAAAACCACUGCCAGAUCCAGUAUUAUGGACAAAGGAUGGUGGAGAGUUACCUGAUCCAGAAAGAAUGGUUGUCAAUGGUAGGGAGCUAGUCAUUAAUUUCCUAAAUAAAACGGACAAUGGUACAUAUCGAUGUGAAGCAGAAAAUUCUAUUGGCAUAAGCAUCGCAGAGUAUGUUCUGAUUAUACAUGAUGUUUCCAACAUUUUGCUUCCCAUCACUGUCAUCCCCUCCCUUACCACUGCAACAGUCACAACCACUGUAGCCUUAACAAGCACAGUCCCAUCGGCAACAGCUAUCGACACUGGAGACCCCAAUGCUUUGCCUGGACAGACCGGACCGGACCAUGCUCUUAUAGGAGGGAUAGUGGCUGUAGUUGUCUUUGUCACGCUAUGUUCUAUAAUUCUGCUUGGUCGAUAUCUGGCAAGACAUAAAGGAACAUAUUUAACAAAUGAAGCUAAAGGAGCUGAAGAUGCACCUGAUGCGGAUACAGCCAUUAUCAAUGCAGAAGGCAGCCAAGUCAAUGCAGAAGAGAAGAAGGAAUAUUUCAUAUAGAUGCAGACUUAGGUUCUCUGAGUAAUAUACACCAGGCUGACUGCUGGAGAAAACUGGCUCUCAUCUUUCAGAAUUAAUUUCUCCCAUCUUUUUGCUACCUUUAUUAAUGAACACAAUUGUUUUCAGUAGCCAGUUUAUACCAACAAUCAGCCAUGGACGGCAUUUUUCUUUAAUUAUGGUACCAUUCAUAAUGCAGGACAUUUCUUAUUGCCUAAUCAUCAUAUCCAUUGCUCUCUUAAC